AUGGAUGACGACUCGAUCGUCCGCUUUGACAGGCGACCAGAAACUAGCAAAUUCGGCGCUCUAAUUAGCGAAGCGCUUGGGGCUACAGAAUGCCGAAAGGCUGGCGAUGAUUUUUGCCUGCUAAUAUCGGACGAUCUCUCUAAAAUCACACAAACUACCUAUUGCGAAAUAGAAGUAGACCUCAAGGAUGCUGAGAAACGUGACCUGCUCUUAGUGUUAUCGGCUGCAUUUGCUAUAGCCAACGAUGAAGUAACCAACAAAUAUAAUCUGGCCACAUACAAUUGCUACUUCUUUUCUUGGACCAUAGUUAUGGUUGUGGUCAGACAUGCUAAACCCUUUGUCCUCCCACCCCUUCAAAAAGUAGUGAAUAUUCUAGAUGAACCGAUCGAGGGGCUUGCUUCAUCUCUGACAAAGAAGAUUGUUGAAGCGUUACUCGAGCUUGUCCUCGACACGAUUACCACAUUCCGACGAGAGACUGGACAUUCCCUCAACAGCGGGCUGAGCAAACGUGAGCUUAUGGUCUGGGGGUUGCCAACGAGUACAGUUAGAGUAAUGCUCAAAGGAUGCCUCAAGAUGCGAUUAAACCUUGGCCUUGAAAAUCGCUUGAAGGAGGUUGUCCAUGAUCAGCUGCGACAAAAUGUGGGGCCAUCGCUCGAAAAGAUCCUAGUCAAUCAACAACUUAUCGCUGACAGUGUUCACGAGAAACUAUGGGUGGACCAGUUGAUGGGGGCGUUUAAUAAACCCGUACGAAAGCAAUUGCUUGAAAUCGUAUGGAAGGUCCUUCUGGAGGCACUUGCAACUGGUUACGCGGACAUGCACGCAAGCACCAAAAAUAUCUUCGAUCACAUAACAACCGAUUCGCGGAUCGACCCAUUUUAUCGUCUCAAGUAUCGAAUACUCGGUGAAAAUGUCGUUCAAUUCGCUCAUGUAUGGAAUGAAGCGCUAAAUGAUGCCAUCCCGGCGGCGAGUAGUAUAUUAAGCGAGGAGAACAACGUUAAUGGCGUAAAUGAUUCGGAUCCGCCGAACCCUAUUCCACCCUUGGAUAGCCCAGAAGGUUACGAUGAAGAAAAGAUGCAUAGGGAUAUGUUUAAUAGAGCCUUUCGCGCUGCAGAAAGGGCUGCGCUUAACGCCGCAAAACGUGUCGUCGAAGAAGAAACCACCUCCAGUGCAAAAAACCCAAAGCGCGACGAUAUGUGGGGAGUUGUAUGGAGUAAAUGGGAUGUUGUUUGGGAGCACGCGCGUACUAGAACGGAGGAUAAAGUUAUCAAGCUCAUCAAGGACACCAUGACCGAAAUAGUCGAGUUGUUGGUAAAAAAUGUUAUCUCAGCCAUAGGGAACGAUGAGGCACAGCCGGUCAAUGUGACGGCUCGUUACGAGGUAAGCAAGCACUAA